CCCACCAGAGUCUGGGUGCAAGGCUGGCUGUGGCCUGUGUGCUUUGCCCUGCAGGUCACCACUGCCCUGAGCCAGGCACUGCUACUCCACAGCCCUGUGGUGCUGGAAGCUUCUCUGGUCCAGGCCAUCUCUGGUGCCAAAAGUGCUCAGGAGGAAAGCUCUGCAAUCAGACAAAACUGGCCCGCCCCAUAGCAUGUCCACCUGGGCACUACUGCCCAGCCCCAGGCCUGCUGACCAUCCCUUGUCCCAUGGCCAAGAGAGCCACCAGGAGAGGACCUGCCCUCCCAGUCAUUACUGUCCCCAGGGCACUGGCCACAUCCCCUUUCCUUGCCCUCAGGACAUGUCCAGUCCAUGGAAGGGCCAAAGCCCAGCCCAGAGCUGUUGGCUAUGUUUUGCAGGAGCUGAAGUCACCCAACCUGACGGAGGCAUCCAUGCCAUGGCAGGGGGCCCCUGCCCUCCAGGCCACUUCUGUCCAGUGGGCACAGCAGUGCCCCUGCCUUGCCCUGUGGGUACCUUCUCAGAUCGGAUGUUUCUCACCAUGGCAUCGGAGUGCCUGUCCUGCCCCUUUGGCCAUUUCUGUGGUGCAUCUGGCCUCACUGCCCCCUCUGGACCCUGUUCACCUGGCUACUUCUGUAUGGAAGGAGUCUCCUCCCCAACCCCAGCAGGCCACGCAGAGCACGGGGGGCCCUGUCCCCAAGGCCACUUCUGCCCCAGUGGGACCAGCCUUCCCCAUCCUUGCCCUGCUGGCUCCUACAGCAACCUGACUGGCCAAGCAUCCUGCUUCCCCUGCCCUGCUGGCUAUUACUGCCCUGAGAACAUCACCACUUACAGCGGGCACCCCUGCCCCACUGGCUUCUACUGCCCCAGAGGCACCAAAUAUGCCACCCAGUUCCCCUGCCCUCGGGGCUACUACAACCCAGACCCAAUGACCCAGAGCCUGGACAGCUGCCUGCCUUGUCCCCCAGGCCACUACUGUGGGCAGGAGAAUCUGACCCGGGCCUCUGGACCAUGUGAUGCAGGCUGGUUCUGCGUCUCAGCAGCCUGGACCGCCCGCCCCUUUGACCUGGACAACUACACCAGCACCAAUUGCCUGUGUCCAGCCACGGCCACAGGGGGGAAGUGUCCAGUUGGAUCCUUCUGCCCUGAGGGCAGCUCAGAACCCAUGCCCUGCCCACCAGGCUCUUUCUGCGCCACCUCUGGCCUGUCCACACCCAGUGGGCCCUGCCAGGCUGGCUACUUCUGUGCCAAAGGAGCAGUGUCCCCAGCUCCAGAGGAUGGGCUGACAGGGGCCCCCUGUCCCCCAGGAACCUUCUGCCCUGCAGCAUCACACAGGCCAACACCAUGUCCUGCUGGCACCUUCUCCGGCCUCGCAGAGCAGACCAUGCCCUCUGCAUGCCAGACCUGCCCACGAAGCUUCUACUGCAAGGAGGCUGGUCUACAGGCCCCCAGUGGGCCUUGCCCAGCAGGUUAUUACUGCGACUCUAGUGCUGGGCCCAUCAAGGACUUCAGCCUAUAUCCUUGUCCUCAAGGCUAUUACUGCCCCCUGGGCACAGCCAUGGCCACACACCACAGGUGCCCAGUAGGUACAUACGGCCCUCGGAGAGGGCUAAGGAGCAUCGCUGAAUGCCAGCUGUGCCCUGCUGGGAAAUUCUGUGCACUGGCAGGGCUCGCGGCACCAACAGGAGACUGUGCUGCAGGGCACUGGUGCAAGGGAGGAGCCACUAGCAAGGACCCCACGGAUGGGGCACGGGGACUCCUCUGCCCUGCUGGGCACUACUGCCUUGAGGGAGCUCCUGUCCCCACUCAAUGCCCACCUGGUACCUGGUCUGAGGAAGGGAACAAAACCCCAGAAGGAUGUCAAGAUUGCUCUGGAGGGAGACUCUGCUCUAGCGGCCACCUGACAAUCUGGCCAGCACCUUGCCACCUAGGUGUUUCCUGCACUGGAGGAACUGCCCCUGCCACCCCCAUGGAGGGCCUCUCUGGGAGAUCCUGCCCCCCUGGGCACGUCUGUCCUCUGGGAAUGGUUGACCCCACUUCGUGUCCUCCUGGCUCCUACACCCCUGGCACCCACACAACAAAAUGUUACAUCUGUCCCAGUGGCCACUACUGUGUUCCAGGGCUGAGGCCUCAGCUGUGUCCAAGAGGUUUCUACUGCCCUGAAGGGACGGGGCUUGACUGGCAGCCCUGCCCUCCAGGCACCUAUGGCCCUGUGCGGGGACUGAGCAGCCUGCCAGAAUGUCAAGCCUGUGAUAGGGGCAGGUUCUGCCCAAGUGCCAAUGCUACGGAGGCUGGUGGACAGUGCUGGGAAGGCUUCUUCUGCUCCAGAGGGUCCACCCGGCCCAACCCAGAGGCCGACACUGAAGAGGAGGCUGGCCCAUGUCCUCAGGGACACUACUGCCCCAGGGGUUCAGCCAUACCCCAGCCCUGCCCACCUGGCACCUUCAGCACACGGAUCAAGCUCAGCUCAGAGGCUGCCUGCUCCCCGUGCCCGCCUGGCCACUACUGCGGCUCUGCAGGCCUCACCAGCCCUUCUGGGCCCUGCAGCACAGGCUUCUUCUGCCGCCAUGGAGCCAUCGUACCCAAUGGCUCCCUGGAAGACGGGACUGGUGGCCCCUGCCCUGCAGGGCACUUUUGCCCCCCAGGCACUGUUACCCCGAGGCCAUGCCCAGCAGGCACCUACAACAGCCUGGCCUCGCAGGGCCACUGUGAGUCUUGUCCUGAGGGUUUCUUCUGCCCGGCAAACACCUCCUCGGUGGUGGGAAACAAGUGUCCAGCUGGCCAUUACUGCCCUGCUUCCACAUCCUUUGCUUCUCAAUUCCCCUGCCCCAGGGGCACCUACAAGCCACAGAGAGGGGGUGCCCAGCAGUCAGACUGCACACCCUGUGAACCAGGUUCCUACUGCCUCCUACCUGGGCUAGUGGCCGUGUCUGGGCCUUGUAGUGCAGGGUUCCACUGUACUCAGGCAGCGGCUGUCCCAAAUCCCACUGAUGGGAUCACAGGAGACCUCUGUCCACCAGGCCACUUUUGUCCCAAGGGUAGCCCCAAGCCCACUCCAUGCCCCCCAGGAUCCGGGAAACCCUUCCCAGAUGGGCCAUGCUCAGCAGGUUAUUACUGUCCUCCUGGCCAGACCUCAGCCACCCCUACAUCUUUCCGGUGUCCCCGUGGCUUCUACUGUCCAGAGGGAUCUCCCCAGCCAAGGGCCUGUGAGAAUGGAACAUUCCAGCCCCAGGAGGCCAAGGGGUCUUGUGAGCCCUGCCCUGCAGGAUUCUACUGUGAAGCAUCAGGCACAGGUCUCACAGCCGGUGGCCCCAGCCUGUGCCUCCAGGGCUACUUCUGUCCCCCUGGCUCCCACUCAGCCACUGCCCACCCAUGCCCUCGGGGGACAUUCGGGCCCAAGCGAGGGGCCAGUGCAGAACUGGACUGUGAGCUGUGCCCAGCAGGGAUGUUCUGCUCAUCAGAAGGGCUGUCCCAGCCAUCAGGGCUCUGCCACGCAGCCCACUACUGCACAGGAGGUGCGGUGUCUCCCACCCCCCUCAAACACAAGGUGGAGGCCCCAGGACUUUCUGGGAAUGAUAUCUGCCCUCCCGGCUUCUUCUGCCCCAGGGGAACAGGCUCCCCAAUGCCAUGCCUGCCUGGGUCUUACUCCUCUGCCCCAGGCCUGGCCAGCGAGGACCAGUGCCAGCCGUGUCCUCCAGGGCACUACUGCAGCAACCCUGGGCUCUCCCACGUCCCAGAGGCAGAACUCUGCGAUGCAGGGUAUAUCUGCCUGGGAGGCAGUGCUGUGCCCUCACCUUCUGAUGGAACCCAUGGAUACAGAUGUCCUCCUGGCUUCCACUGUCCCUCAGGGGCUCACAGUGAGCAGCCCUGUGAACCUGGCACCUUCAGCCCAUUGCCUGGGGCUGACACCUGCCUGCCUUGCCCAGGAGGCACCUACUGCCAAAAUGUUGCUACCGUGGAGCCCACCACCUGCCCCAAAGGUCACUAUUGCCCAGGAGGGACACCCUCUGCUCUUCCCUGCCCGGAGGGAACCCUGAACCUACGGGAAGGUGCUCUCUCCCCCAGGGCCUGUCAGUCCUGUCCUGCAGGAAGAUACUGCCCUGGUGAGGGCAACGGGCAGACUGAGGGACCCUGCUCAGCUGGUUACUACUGUGAGGGGGGAGCUUCCAGCCCCACUCCCCAGAGAAACUCUGCCUUCCCCCUCAAUGGACCCUGUCCCCGAGGCCACUACUGCCCCCAGGGGACUCUGUACCCUGUGCCCUGCCCGAUGGGGACAACAAGGAGGAGCCCAGGUGGCACCUCCGAGGGGAGCUGCGGGCCCUGCCCAGCUGGCUCCUUCUGCCCUGGCCUGGGCCUUAGCUCUCCUAUCAGCUCCUGUGUGGCUGGCUCUGAAUGCCCCUGGGACCUCAGGACCUCCAGCCCCAUGGCCAUCCUCUGUCCUCAGGGUCACUUCUGCCAACCAGGGUCUGCUUGGCCUGUCCUGUGCCACCAAGGGGAGUACCAGCCAUCCCUAGGUUCAGACUCCUGCCUCCUGUGCCCACCUGGCUUUCACUGCCCGCAUCCCAGCACCAGAAUGCCCAGGCUCUGCCCAGCACAUGCCUACUGCCCAGCCGGAACGUGGUCCCCUCUUCCAUGUCCUCCAGGGACCUUCACUCCCCAAGAUGCAUCAGGCCUCCGGGAAGAGGGUGACUGCUCCGUCUGUCCCCCCGGUAACUACUGCAGAGGUGGACAGGUGUGGGGGAAAUGUCCUGCUGGUUAUUACUGCCCCCCUGGGUCCUCCGAACUGAUAACACAAGGUCCCAGGGAGUCUCAGACCUCGUGUCCCCAAGGACAGCUGUGUGCCAAGCAGUGCCCACCAGGUUUUUACUGCCCAGAGGGCAGUGGAGAACCCACCUUGUGUCCACCUCACACCAUGGCGGCUGCCCCCGGAGCCAAGCAGCGAGAGGAAUGUGGGCCUUGCCCUGCUGGGCGCUGGUGCAAAGCUGGGGACCCGGCCACCCACCCCUGCCCUGCCGGCCACUACUGCCCUGGAGGGAGUGACACCAGCCCAGGAACCCCUCAGGCCUGCCCUGAACACACCUAUCUGCCUGCAGAAGGAGGCCAGAGUCUGGCAGAGUGCCUCCCCUGCCCUCCUGGAUACCUCUGUGUAUCCCCAGGUCUCUCCUCCCUUGAAAGCCGCCUUUGUCCUCCAGGCUACUGGUGUCCAGGUGAUCAGGGUGCCUUCCUCUGCCCACCUGGCACCUUUCGGACAAAACCAGGGGCAUCAUCAAAAGAAGACUGUGAGCUCUGUCCCCCUGGCCACUACUGCCCCCAGGCCGAGCUGAGGGAUCAUGCAAAUGUGUUUGUGAUCCCCUGCAGAGCUGGAUUUGAAUGCCCUGCAGGUGCUGUGGCUGAGGUCACUUGUAGAGCUGGCUCUUACUGCGAGACCCAGACAGGGAUCCCCCCGCUUUGUCCUGGGGGCUAUGCCUGCCCUGCUGGCUCCUCCACCUACACUGGCCCAGGGCAGCUCUGUUUGUUUCCCUAUUACUGUCCCCUGGGCAGUGCCCAUCCACGCAAGUGCCCUGGGGGCUCCGAGGCACUGAACAGGAGUGGCCUCAGGGUCUCAGAGGAGACUUGCUGCCACCUCUGUGAAGCAGGCACCUACCGCAGCCUGGCUCUGGAUGCCCAAGCCUGCCAGCCCUGCCCCCCUGGAUUCAGCUGCCACCAGGGAACAGAGAGUUACCAGAGCCAGCCCUGCCCAGUGGGGCAUUACUGUCCAGCCAAGACUCACAGCCCCAGGCCCUGCCCCUCAGGAACCUUUGGAAACAGCAGCCAGGCAGGGGCAGUUGGAGAGUGCCUGCCAUGCCCCGCAGGCACCUUCAGUGCCCAUCCUGGCCAGGCCAGCUGCCUCCCCUGUGGGAGCUCUUCUUUCUCUCCACCUGGUGCCUCCCACUGCACAUGUCGGGGCCUUAACAGGGUCUUCCAGAAGUCAGAUGGUUCCUGCAUCUGCCAGGCAGGACAUGAGUCCUACAGCAGGAGGGGCCUGGAAAGUGAGGAGAGCGACAGUGAUGAGGACUGUCAGCCCCAGGUCGCUGAGCGCUGCUCAGCUGGAGAAGUACGUCUGGCUGCCACCCGCAAGUGUGUGUCCCCCCAGCUGCACAACUGCUCCUCUUUCUGCCACCCAGUGGAUGGGAAGCUCAGCGCUGAACUGGGCAUCUGCCAGUGCCAGGAAUAUGUUUCAGCAGAAGAGCUCUGUGAUGCCCAGUGUCUGGCAAAGGCCCCCCAACUCUCCCUGGCCUGGGGUUCCAGCAGGGAGCUGGUCCUCAGCGUGAAGGGCGAGGCUGGAGACCAUGACCAGAGGGAAGUAUCAAGCACUCUGGGCCCAGACCAGUUCUUCCAAGAGAAUGCCAGGGUCCAUCUGGUCCAAUGUGGUCCCCGUGGCAUCUUUGGCUUUGUCAUCUCCAGAGUGGACAUGCUUGACUCUUUCUUCCUUGAACCACCUGUAUCCAGCCCCUGGCUACAAAGGUAUCAUCGGACUACAGGACUGGAGUACUCUGUCCCUCAGGACCCUGGCAUCCAUCUCCAUAUUCCAAACCCAGUGGUCUGCCUAGAAGAAGGAGACGUGAUUCUUUUCCAGCUUCACAUUCUUCCUCACAAUCGCUCAGCCAGUCACUACCCUGUGUACCAGAUGCAGCAUUUGUUCAACAGCAACCCCAACUGGGACUUUGGGGCCUUCAGGAGACUCAGCCACCUCGUGCGAGAGACUCACCUCAACUUUUCAAGGUUUGCCCACCAGUUCCUAGAUCCAGGCACAUAUGUGUUUCGAGACAACAGACUGCCUGAGAGCAUCAUCGUGGUGCUGGUGAAGAAGAAAGGAGUGGCCUGCGAUCCCGGCCUAUCCCCUGUGCAGCCCUCCUCCCCGUAUCAGCUUGCCAGGCAUGGGGUCCUCAGGCACGAGCUGCUAAACCUGGGCCCAGACUGGACAGUGAUCACAGGAGUGCUGCUGGCUGUUGGCUUGGCAACUGUGCUGCUGACAGGCCUCGGCCUUGUGUUGAGGCCCUCCCUGGCUCAGGCCUGCCCUGUAAGGGCUUGGAGGCCCCAGUGGAAGGGCCUUGGGGAGUCUCAUGUGCCUGCUGAGUAUGUGCCGCUCAGGGACAGCCUUCUGUCCUAUGAAGAACUCAGUCCGUGGGGCUCUAGGGAAGGAGCUGAUUCCAAGGAGAAAGUCAUUACCUGGAGUACAGGAGAACCACUCCCCUUGAAGACCCUGGAGGACUUCAGUGUCCGCACUCUCUAUGACAAGCUCGAGGACCAGAGCCUACACGUGGCCGCCCAGCUGAGCAAGCACAGGAGCGAGGCACUGGCCUUCUAUAGGGGUGCCAGCCAGCAGCUCCAGGGGCUCAAGGACUUUCUCCAACACCUCAGCACAACUGAGUGGCAAGCUCUGGACAAGGGUGGAGACCCAGAGAUGGAGGCCACAGCUGCCACCAGGACAGACACUGAGCAGAGUGUGGAAUCAUGGGGCCACCACACUGCAAGUCUACCUAGGGAGCCCUGGCAGCAUCCUCUAGGCCGCACCCCCAGUGUCACACCCCUGGGCUUUCAGCUGGAACUUGACAGAGUGAUUGUGGCACUGGCAUCAGCACUUUCUCACGCACACGGACAACCAGCUGGGGCCAACAGAAAGGCCUCUGUUCAGGUUGGUGAACAGCCUCUUCGCACCUACCAACAAAACCCUCAACUGGCAAGUAACAUGUCCCUGCAGCCACAGCCUCCACCACCGGAUGAGGAGAACCAAAGUACAAGCUCUCAGCAGGACCUGGGACCUGGACAGCUUCCCCAGUGUGCUGCCAAAGGAGGAGGCACUGAGAGCCCAGGCUCUAGGUUGUGGAUCAUCGGGGCUGGACACAGGCAUGGAGCCUUUCCUGAGAUGCAGAGGAAGAUAUGGCAGGUGGAAAACACUUUGGAUGAGCUGAAUGAGGAGUUCUUCCAGCUCACUGCUCAAGCCCUAGAACUUCAGAAGGAAAAGGACAAACCAGGUCAACUUCCCCCAAGUGAAGGCAAUACAUUUGUGGAGGUUCCCAGCAUCUUCCCUUAUGUGUGGCAAGAAGACAGACCCUACCCACCAGAGAGCCUGGACCUUGGCUUGUGCUGAUUUCUGUCUGCUAUCCUUUGGAGUGAGGGAAAAUAAAGUCAUACAAGUCAAGAAAAUUGAC